AUGGCGUUCCCUCUGGAGGAGUCGUCGCCACUGAAUUCCGAGCAAAGAGUGUCACUCAUGGGAUCAGUUCCUGGCGAAGGGGUUCAGUCGACACCACCCGCCCCGGCGGACCCCACCAGCGAGUCGCCGGUGACGACCACAUCCACGCCCACCACCGAUGAGUCUCCGGCGAUGACCACCGAAGACAGUGAUAAGAAGUCGGUGAUGGACGACAUGGAGGGCCAAAAUGGCGACAAUCAGGGGAUUAUUAUCGCCGGCGCUGAUGAUGAGGACGACAAGAGUGGUAGUGAUGGCGAGGAAAAGACUAACCCGAGGCUCGUAUUCAUCGAGCGAUUAAUGGGUUUACAUCUGACGGCUCCUCUCAAUGGCCAGAAAGAGGAGGAAAGGGAUGAUAACAGUGCGGCCGAUGCCGAGCCUCCCAUGCCUUUCAGCAUGGAUGGCAACCGAAAUCCUUUCGACAAAGUGAACGCCAAAUGGGCCACAAGAAUGAGAAAGUUCUCGAUCCCACUGAUGCAACAGCAGCCCUCCCCUCCUGAGACACCCAACCCCCUGCUCAGAGUGGCUGCCGCAGCCAUGAUGACCAGGCUGUUAGCCGCGGCCGCCCGCGCCCACCAUAACGGUCCAAUGAUGGCUAAGGAUAAGGACGACGACGCGGAGGACGAGACGGUUCCCAUCCUAUUGGCGAGUAUGCGCUCGGAUGAGGCCCGGGAGCCACCCAUGUAUGGCCGACCGAUGCCCAGACCCCCUAUGAUGCGCCCACCCAUGAGGCCGCCCAUAAAAAUCGUAGGCCAACCCCAGCAGCGUAUGGCGUCCAUCGCUAUCCCGCAGCGCCUAUACUCCGCCCAAAUGAUGGCCCCCCAGAGGUCGUCACCGGUGGUCCAGCAGCGAGCGGCAGCCCUCCCGCCCUACCAGCCGGUGCUCGUGAUGCUGGCCCACGUGCCCGUCCCCAUGCAAAUGGCUGAGUCCCGUAUGGGUGGUGGGCCCGACCACGUGAGCCAAUACUACGCCCCACAGCAGCAUUCAAUGCCAAUGUACCCACAAGUGCCGUAUGCCCUCCCACUCGGAUACCAUCCGAUGCAGCGCCAGGUGGUGGAGGUGCCAACCCCUGUCCACAUGCCGAUCCCUGUGGCAUCCUAUCAUAGACCCGUAUACCAGUCCCCAUACCAGUCCUCAUACCAGUCCAACUACCAGAGCGGCGCCGGGCCUACCGUUCAAUACCAGCGCCAGUCGUCGCGACCCGUGAUCGAGAUCCCCAUAGAGAUCCCGAUCCCGGUGCACGUGCCGGUGCCCGUGUCAUACCAGGGUGGGCAGCAACAGUCGCCUACCGGUGCCGAUCACGACGCCAGCGCCUCGGAGGCGGCCGAACAGGUGGCGAUCGUGUACUACGACCCGGACAACAGUGCCGGCGGUGAUGAGGGCCAGGAGGGGGUCGACCACUACGAGCCCCACACGAGUGAGAGUCACGAGAACGCCUACGCUAUGCCCCCAAAGGGUUUCCAAUUCAUGUCGCGACCCCUGCCGGGCAUCCAGAGCGCGACUAAACUGAGACUCUGGAGGGAAUACGUCGGCGCCAAACACGCCGCCCAACCCGGCGUUAGGUAUAUCCCGGUGUCGGUGAACGGUGGAGGUGCUGAUGAGGGCCAACAUACCGGCGCUAAUAUGGAUGGUAGCGAUAGUCAGCAGCAAUCGGGCGAUCAGUCGGAAGGGACGGCUGAGUCUCACUCGCAGCCG